GUGUUUGUUGGUAGGCGGCGGUGGCGGCGAUGGAUCAGGUGCAGCGGAAGAGCAGCCUCAGGUCCUACGGCUCGGCCAAAUCGCUUUCGCGGUCUGAGGACCUCGGCGAGCGGCGUGAGGUGGUUGUGAAGAUCGACGGGGACGCGAACGGCCCCGCGGCCUUAUCCAUCGUCGGCGCCGGCGGGGCGGCGGUGGGGAAUGCGACCUCGACGGCGGCGAGCGCCGGCAGCUCGCCGGCCAAGGGCUGGGACGAUGGCACCUACGACUUCUGGAAGAAUGAGGGCGGCGGAAAAGGGGGAGGCCCUGCCCCCCGCGUCGAGGACUUCAGCUUUAAGAACCGGCCCAUGCAGCCGCCGCCGUCGCCGUCGUCCCUUUCGCUCUCGUCGAAGCAGGCAACCGCCCUGGCGGAGGGCGGCGCGGAGGACCCACCCACGCGCCUCAUCGGGAACUUCCUCCGGAAGCAGAUGGCGUCUGGAGUGGAGCUGUCGCUGGACCUCGACCCGGAGAUGGAGGAGCUCGGGAGGUCGUCACAGGCGACGCCUUCCUUAUCCAACCCCCAAGAACGGGAGGCGCGUGUGUCCUUCAAAGCCCACCAGAGCUCAUCUUCAUCAUCUGACUCCGACGACGGCAAGGUGAUACACAACACUUCCACUUCCACUCCACCGAGAGCGGCCGGUCCAUUAUUGCGAGCCAAGACGCGCUCCCGGCUCUUGGAUCCGCCGCCGCAGUCACCCGUGUCUGCUCGUGCCAUCGAAGAGGAGCAGCGCAAGUCGUCCGCCUUGCGGCCUCCCAAGUCCGGCCAGUUCCCUUCAGGGCGUAUGACCGGCAAGUCUGUCCAGUUUCCUUCUGGGCGUAAGACCGGCAAGUCCGGCGCCGUCAGCAAGUCGGGCCCCAUGGAGGAGGAGGAGGACGAUCCCUUCAUAGACGACGACGUCCCCGACGACUUCAAACGCGGGAAGCUGGACACGCUCACAAUACUGCAGUGGAUCAGCCUGGUGCUCAUCAUCGGGGCGUUGGUGUGCAGCCUCACGAUAAAGAGAUUGUCCAGGAAGAAGCUCUGGGAGCUGAACCUCUGGAAGUGGGAGCUCCUCGUGUUUGUGCUCAUCUGCGGCCGUCUCGUCUCCGGGUGGGUCAUCCGGAUCGCCGUCUUCUGUGUGGAACGCAACUUCGUGCUGCGGAAGCGCAUGCUCUACUUCGUGUAUGGCGUCCGGGGAGCCGUGCAGAACUCUGUCUGGCUCGGCCUGGUGCUCGCCUCUUGGCACUUCUUGUUUGACGAGAACGUCCGCACGAAAACGCUAGUUCUACCCUAUGUGACAAAGGUGCUCUUCUGCUUGCUCGCCGCCACACUCAUCCGCCUCGUCAAGACGCUGCUGCUCAAGGUGCUGGCUUCCUCCUUCCAUGUCUCAACAUACUUUGAUCGAAUUCAAGAGGCAUUGUUCAACCAAUAUGUCGUUGAGACACUCUCUGGGCCGCAACUAGUCGAUGAAGACUAUGUGCUUGCCGAGGUACGUGAGCUGCAACGAGCAGGGGCAACCAUCCCAAAUGAGCUUCGUGCCGCCUUACCAACCAAGAAUCUAUCGGGGCAAAAGAGCAUUCGGAUCUCGGGUUUAAUUUCGAAGGGAGAAGGAAGCAAUCAGCUGUCAAAGGAGAAAAGGCAGCGUGAGCUUGAUGAAGGGAUCACCAUUGACAAGCUCCAUAGGCUCAAUCAGAAAAACGUCUCAGCAUGGAACAUGAAGAGGCUGAUGAAGAUUGUUCGGUUUGGGACGCUCACCACAAUGGAUGAGCAGAUUCAGCAGGCAACAGGAGACGGGGAUGAGUCAGGGACACAGAUUCGCAGUGAAUACGAGGCGCAAGUGGCCGCUAAGAAGAUCUUUCAUAACGUGGCCAAGCCUGGAUCCAAGUACAUAUACUUGGCAGACUUGAUGCGCUUCAUGAGGCAGGAGGAAGCCAUCAAAGCUAUGCAUCUUUUCGAAGGAGCACAGGAGCACUGUAGGGUCAGCAAGAGGGCUCUCAAGAACUGGGUGGUGAACGCAUUUAGAGAGCGUAAAGCUCUUGCUCUAACGCUUAAUGAUACAAAAACAGCAGUUAACAAGCUCAGCCUGAUGGGCAAUGUUGUUGUUGGCGUCAUAGUGUCUGCUUUCUGGCUUCUUAUUCUUGGCAUAGCGACAACACAGUUCUUUGUCUUCAUCAGUUCCCAGCUUCUUGUGGCAGUCUUUGUAUUUGGGAAUACUAUGAAGACAAUUUUUGAGGCCAUUAUUUUCUUAUUCGUAAUGCAUCCUUUCGAUGUUGGUGACCGCUGUGAAAUUGAAGAAGUACAGGUCGUUGUAGAGGAAAUGAAUAUCAUGACAACAGUCUUUCUCCGUUAUGAUAACCUGAAGAUCUAUUACCCAAACAGUGUACUGGCCACCAAGCCGAUUUUCAAUUUCUACAGAAGUCCUGAUAUGGGAGAAGCUGUUGACUUCUCUAUUCAUGUUGCUACUCCUGUUGAGAAGCUGGCCCUCAUGAAGGAAAGAAUAUUACGCUACAUCGACUCCAAGAAGGAACAUUGGUACCCUGGCGCGAUGGUGGUCCUCCGAGACGUCGAUGACACCAACAAGCUGAAAGUGUCCAUAUGGCUCCGGCACACUCUCAACUUCCAGGACAUGGGGAUGAAGUUCGUGCGGAGGGAGCUGGUGCUCCAAGAGAUGAUCAGGGUCCUGAAGGACCUCGACAUCGAGUACCGGAUGCUGCCGCUUGACGUGAACGUGAGGAACGUGCCCCCUCUUCAGUCCACGAGGAUGCCGACGACAUGGAACUACUCCUGAAGCAUCUCCGGGAGCCAAGAGCACCUUGUGCGAGACCGCAGAUACAACGAUUAGCUUGCUCAUCUAGUGUUGAGAGCUGCAAGAGCCUGGUAGUAGCUAGCAGGUAGCAGAUAGACACAUAGAGUGAACAUUGGUGCGGUCCGUAGUGAGUGUGUUCUUUAGUAUGAGAAACUCUUGGUGCGGGCUCUUCAGUGUAUCUGUGUAUGGAAGACCGCGAUCUCUUUGCGGAGGUAUCUAUAUGGUUGGAGAACACGGCAAAAAAAAUUAUUACCCAACAUGGGUGACGCCAUUGCUUAGGACUUCCUCCACCUCCAUAGGUAUCAUGUGUGUUUACAUGUGUUGGGCCUUUUAUCCCUUGUAACCAAACGAUGGAUUGUGU